CUUUCCAACCAGUACCAUCCUGCCACCUGGUGCCUCGGCACCCGCACUUCAGCCUGAUGUCUCUACCCAGCCUGGCCUGAUGACCCAGUGCCCGCUGUCAUACCUGGUGACCCGAUGCCCGCUGUCGAGCCAGACGAUCCAAUGUCUGACCCAGUGCCCGCGGUCAUGCCUGGUGACUCGGAACCCACUGUCGUGCCUGGUGACUCGGUGCCCACUGCCUUGCCAGAUGACGCGGUGCCCGCUGGCGAGCCAAAUGACCUGAUGCCUGGUGACCCGAUGCCCGCUGUCGUGCCUGAUGACCCGGUGCCUGCCGCUCCGCCUGAGGGC